AGUCAUAGUCCUAUCCAGCAACCUCCCUGUACCGCCUUCCGAGCACGCCUCUGCGGAGCUGGUAUCAGCUCCGACCGACUCCUUCACAAAGUUGGUACCAAGUGACACACCCCUAGACUUGGUCCUUGGGGCGAUGACUGUAGCACUGGUACUGUCAGUGUUUGGGCUCCGUUGGGGUAUGGCUAAUGCUGAGCAGAUCAGAGUCACAGCAAAGCGAGUGACACUGUCGGGUGCGUCACAAUAG